AUGGAGUAUCUGUUGGACAGGUACUUCUUUCACAAUCUACCUUUCGAAGUUACACCGGAGACCAGGAAGGCUGUCGGACAAAGGGCGCUAACUUUAAUUCAAUGGGCUGAUUGGUUAUGCAAAUACGAAAGUCCAGUGAAGAUCUUUCAAAACAAUCCCUAUUUCGUACUCUUGGAGGUUGUCUUCCUGUUCCUUUGCCUGUUAACAUUUCUACAUGCUUUCCGACAUGGUGGCCGUUACUUAUAUGUCUGGAUUGGUAUCACAGUAUUCGCUUUCAAUAUUGAGUGUCUAUCAGUGUCCAUUCCUGAAUUGAACGUCUCGUGGCAUGCUCAGGGUGUUCUGAGCUUUUUUGGGAUGCGUGUCCCACUCUACGCGCUUUUCGGCAUCCAUCAGACAUUUGGCUAUAUCGCCUACGUUCUUGUUAGCAGGAUGCGUUUACCAUGGUGGGCUGAAGGACCUGGUGUUGGUGUGAGCAGCGUCAUGCUGCUAUUCCCGUAUCGUAUUCUGGGUACCAAACUUUUGUGGUGGACUUGGCAUGACACUGAUCCGGCUCUGAAUGACAGAGUGUUUUGGACUCCAUGGGGUUUGUUCUAUUUCUACGCUGCGUCUAUGUGUUCGUUCGUGUGGAUUCUACAUCUGUUAAGGCGCAUUUUACUUGAAAGGGACUACGACUGGAUGAAGUUUCCAAGAGAGUUUCUGUGCUCAUUUUUCGCUGGUGUACUCUCUUUUUGGUUGGGAAGCGUGCAGUUCUCACUCUUAUACUGUCCUCUUCACGAUUUGUUUAGGUUUUUGAGUUCUCGGUUUUGGUUCGAUGAACUGUCAUGUGCUGUUGCCUUGGAAUAUCUAUUUCUCGGCGUUCUAGUAAUAGUUGCUGAACCGUUGAAUAUUGUAAGCGAGGGUCUUCACCAACCGAUUGGACCGUGUAAUGAAAUGGAAGAGGUUCGCACACCUAAUUUGGUCCUAAGAAGAGAAAAGUAUCUUUGCGCUACCAUUUAUGAUGAGAAAUACUUUGACUUCCAUUGCAUCCCAAGUGGUAUCCCUAAACAGCAGGUUGACGGUUCAGGAGGACUUCUUCCUCUGGAGUAUUACCCCGUAUGCGGAACUGCCUUCGAUAACCGAGCUGAAUAUAUUACAGUGAUCUGGUAA